AACACAACCAAAUGUGAGAAAAUUUGCAUGGGUCAGAUUGCAACCGUGGCAGCUUUGAUAGUGAAAAGGCUGUCGGACAAACACUCGGAGAGAGUCUUAUUCAGUAAUAAGAAGCAGUCCAGGGAAUGGACCCUGCUCAAUAGCAUUUCCUGGACAAAGGAAAGCGAUGAUUUUGGCACACUUACAUUUGUGGGAUACACCUUUAUUGCUGCAGUUCUGCUUCUCACAAGGAUAAUUGAUCAAACCUCGAACUAUAGCACCUGCGAAAUAGCUCUACUUAUGUGUGGCGUUUUGUUUUUUACAAUAGAGGGACUUCUUAUAUUCUUCACUGUGGAACAACUGCCGCAGGACCUCUUAGUUUAUGCCUACUCGCUGGGAGGGCUCUGCUUUGUCUGCGCUGCAUUGUUUGCCCUGGACCUUAUGCUCUUUCAGAAUUUGCUGAAGUUGAAGAAUUCCACGGCGCAGACGGAACAAUCAAAGGACUCCUCAACAGUGGCCUUGAAAGUUUACACCGUAUCGCAGGAGCAGCCAAAAAAGAGUUGCUGCAGUAAUAGAUCUUCCACCCAGAUGAUAAAUACCCAGAUGGUGAAUGAAACCGAAAGGAAAUACUUGAGAACAGAUUUAUAGAAUUUUGUUUGUUUUCAUAAGACUCCUUCUUCUAAAUUUAUUUUAUAUUGAAAAACAUCAAUUUACAUAUCUGCAUGGUUCACAUUACCUUUAUUGCCGUUAAUUUUUUCGAAUGUAGAGUGAAACAAAAUAUGCAUUUAAAGAUCGUGCUGUUAAGAACAACUAAUUUGAAUUUGUAUGUUUAAUAAAUUGUUUGUUAUACCCUUGCAGAGAGUAUUAGUCUGCGAAUGAGACAGUUCCGACCCUAUAAAAACUAUAUAUUCUUGAUCAGCAUCA